AUGAAGACCUUCGAACAACAUCUAAUACCAGGUCUCGUGAAGAAACUUCCCAAGUUCACCGUUGAAGCAGUGGAGAAACUGCUUAAAAAGAAGCUUCUCGAAACCGACAUAUUGUUUUUAAUAAGAGUUGAAGAUGUGGACGAUAAGGAGUACACCAUCCGAGAAAUGGUGAAAAGGAGUUCUCGAAUUGCGGAAAUUGUCAUCAAAAUGGGCAAAAGUAACGUGAGCGUCGGGCCUAUCUUCCAUAGAGUUGAUGUGUCCGGUCGAUGGAUCCAGAGAGAUGUGCAAGAAUUCAAAUGUACUAUGGUGAUCAAAGCUGAUCCCACCAAAACAAUACUUGAGAACAAACAGAAUAAUUUGAGAGGCCGUCUACACAAACCCGAUUGUUUGCUGCAUGUUGCUCAUGUGGUGGCAGUGAGUUCUCUGGAUGCAGUCCGCGAUCUAUGUGCACAGUACACUUUGGGGAACUAUAAGCUGUAUUAA